AUCGAGCGCACAUUCCAAACUGAACACACAAAAAAAGCAAAAAAAACAUCUAAUUUAUGUUUCAUGCUUAUAUAUAUGAUUCCACUUUCACAAAAGAAUAAGCACACAAAAGAAAAAACAAACCAAGAGGAAGAAGUUCACUCGGAGCAAUGAGUCAACACAUGAACCUUCUCCUGCCUUCAUUUGAAACGGACAAAGAGGAAUACGAUGAACGCAAGACAACAGACCACGGAGGCAUCGGUGGCAGCGUCUGGAGGUUCAAAGGCAACAAAGCGGCCAAGGAAGCGGCUAGUGUCUCAAUGAAAGGUACACUUGCUAGGUUAUUCGACUGCUGCAGCAAAGACGUCAAAAAGACUAUUUUGCCUCUGGGUCACGGCGACCCCUCCGUCUACCCUUGCUUCCAAACGUCCGUUGACGCUGAGGAAGCGGUGGUUGAAUCCUUACGGUCUGGAGCUGCAAACUCUUACGCCCCCGGGGUCGGUAUUUUACCGGCCAGAAGGGCGGUUGCAAAUUAUCUGAACCGGGACCUUCCACAUAAGAUACAUUCAGAUGAUAUAUUUAUGACGGUGGGGUGUUGCCAAGGGAUAGAGACAAUGAUUCAUGCCCUCGCCGGACCAAAGGCCAAUAUCUUGCUACCGACUCUAAUUUAUCCCCUCUACAACAGUCACGCAAUCCAUAGCCUAGUCGAGAUUCGCAAGUACAAUCUCCUUCCCGAUCUAGACUGGGAGAUAGAUCUUCAAGGUGUUGAGGCCAUGGCAGACGAAAAUACCAUUGCUGUGGUGAUAAUGAAUCCUCACAACCCGUGUGGAAAUGUCUAUACAUAUGAACAUCUAAAGAAAGUGGCUGAGGUGGCGAGAAAGCUAGGAAUAAUGGUGAUUUCUGAUGAAGUUUAUAACCAAACUAUUUAUGGAGAGAAUAAAUUUGUCCCGAUGGGGAUAUUUUCAUCCAUUACUCCUGUGGUUACACUCGGGUCCAUAUCCAAGGGAUGGCUCGUUCCCGGCUGGCGAAUAGGUUGGAUCGCAAUGAACGAUCCCAAAAACGUUUUCAAAACAACUAGGGUCGUUGAAUCCAUCAAGGAACAUCUCGACAUAAGUCCAGAUCCAUCAACAAUCCUACAGUUUGCACUUCCAAACAUCUUGGAGAAGACGAAGAAAGAAUUCUUCGAGAAGAAUAACUCGAUCCUGAGUCAAAACGUAGAUUUUGCGUUCGAUGCCCUCAAGGACAUUCCUUGCCUCACCUGCCCCAAGAAACCGGAGUCGUGUACUUACUUAGUGACAAAAUUGGAUCUGUCCCUCUUGGAGGACAUCACGAAUGAUUUUGAUUUCUGCAUGAAGCUGGCCCAAGAGGAAAAUCUCGUCUUUCUACCUGGUAAUCAAUAUGAAACUCCUUUUCAGGUAAGCAAUAUUUAUAAAUAUAAAAAUUGAGAGAUAUGGGUUGGUUUGGAAUAUAAUGCAGGAGAGGUACUAGGACUGAAGAAUUGGGUGAGAUUCUCUAUCGGAGUGGAGAGGUCUAUGCUGGAAGAUGCAUUCAUGAGGCUCAAAGGCUUCUUCGCUCGCCAUACUAAAACACAACUCACUUAAAAACUCAGCUUCAUUCUCGGAACCUGAGACCCUAUCUUUCUAUAUUUUUGUAUUACUCUGUUCAUUUUGUUUUCGAAACGUUGUGUGUGCUAUGCUUUUCUGUUGGAACGUCGUUUUAUUCGAAUUAAACAUGAUGACGAAGCUUUUAAAUAUAUUUAACAAGAUUCGAUAUGGGGUCGAGAAUUAUAUUAAAA